AUGAUUAUUUUGUGGCGCUUUGAAAUAAAUAAUCGUUAUCAGUAUGUACUCAGUUUUAUUUUCAUAUAACUGUUAAGUGGCAUACCCUUGAAUGAAGUUCGAGCAAAAUAAAUAUUACGAAUACUUAACUUCUCUCACAUGAAGUACAUACCGAUAAGAUUUUAUCAGUUUGAAUAAAACCGGAAACACCGCAGUUUUCCUUGCUGUGUUGCUACAAUGGCCAAUUUUAUAGGUCGAAAAUCUGAAUUAACAGAUUUGACAGCAAAACUCGGACAAUGUGAUAUAGUUGUCGUUCAUGGAUUGAAAGGCGUUGGAAAAUCAUCUUUAGCAAGAGAAUACUGUAAGCACAUCGAACGACCUUACUUUUGGAUUGACCUCCGAAACAUCACUGAUUCUGAUGAAAUUCUGCAGUCGCUUGUCAGACAUUUUAUACAGGAGGCAAUCGGAGUUGAUGACCCUAGAGAAUUGCUAAGUGUCGUAUGUGAAAAUAUUGUAAGAAGGAGACUCGAUUUAGUCAUUAUAUUUGACAACGCAGAGGAUAUAUUUAAAACCGAAGAGGAUAUUUUGUGUGUAGACAUUUUACUUUCACUUUCACAAUUGAAAAAUACUAAGGUGUUGGUGACAUCAACCACCAGGUUUCCCACGAAAACUAUUGAUUGUGAGGAGUUUUUAUUGAAGGAACUGUCUUUUCAGGAUUCCUUUGAUCUAUUAAAGAGUAUCUGUCCAAAUCUGAAGGACACAGAAAAAAUAGCAAAGAUUGUUGAGCUUUGUGAAGGUCUUCCUCUGGCAUUGCUUCUGACCGGUGGGGAAAUAGAGGACAACUCACUGAGUGUAGACGAAAUUAUAUAUCUACUUAGUCACCACAGACUUAAGAUAUUGAGUUCUGAAUGCUACACACAAGAUGAGCAAAUCGAACCCAUUUAUAAAGGCUUCUUGGACAGACUUCCCAAAGAUUUGGAAGAAAAAUUAACAAUUGUGAAUUACAUUCCAGGCACAUUUGAUUUAGAAGAGGCGGUGGAUAUAUUGGGGUCUGGUGAAGACGAGUCACAUGACACACUGCAGACAUUUUUACAUCGUCAUUUGAUUACACAAGUUUCAGACAAAAGAUUCGAUAUCCAUGGAAUUUUGAGAGAUUGCAUGAAGGAAUAUUUGAAAAUCAAAGAUAUCAAAGGUGUUCGGGCGCGCUUCUGCAAAACUUUUUCAGACAUUCUAAAGGAGAUAGAGAAGAGGACACACACAAGAGAUUACACUGAUGCUUUAUGCAGAUUGAACGUAGAGCACCAGAACUUUAACAAACUGUUUACUGACGUCAUCUACUGCACGGAAGACACCUAUCACGUGUUUAUAGACUUAGCAGCAACUACAAUAGCGGGGGGAUCCAUCAUGUUCACAACCAUGGCAACGUAUAACGUUGGUGUAGAGUUCUAUGAAAACUGUUUGAAGAAAGCACAAGAAUUCAGAGCAGAUCUGGACGAAGCAAAAGUGUUGACAGGAUACGGAAGAGUAUUGACAAACAUUAAGGGCGAUUACGCACAAGCUGAAGAAAAAUUCAAAACAGCAAUGGAAAUUCGACAACGCCAUCCCGAGCGAAGAGAUUAUUAUUUUGCUCUUCUAUGUCAAAGCUAUGGCUGGAAUCUGGGAUCCCAGGGAAAGUUUGUUGAUGCCAUACGAAUCCUGGAGGUAGCAUUCGAAGUGGAAAGGGAGCUGAAAAUGCAUUAUGAAAAUUUAAUUCUACAAACCAUGCAAUCUCUUGCAAUAUUUUGCAAUGCAUCAGGCAACACAGAUAAAGGGGAACCUUUUCAAAAGGAGGUACUGAAACGAAGACUCCACGUCAUUGGAACAGAAAAUCACCCCAUCAUUGGAUCAAUCAUGAACAAUAUGGGUAUCUUGUAUCAAAGAAAAAAGGAGUUUGUGAAAGCUGCAGAGUAUUACAGAAAAGGCCUCCACAUCAAAGAACAAACAAAUGCUCCCCUGAAAGCAAUCAUAAUAUCUGAAACCAAUGUUACCCAAACUUUGUUGGAGAGCGGGCAGAUCGAGGGAGCAAUGGAACUAUUGGAAAAUAGUUUCAAAAGACUUGAAGAUUUUCCAGACCUCUUUAGUGAUGUAAAAUCAUGGCUUUGGGAAUUAUUGGGCAAAUCAUAUAUCAAGGUUAGUAGAUUCGAAAAUACAGCAGAGGUUUUACAGAAAGCGAUAGAACUGCGAUCUCAUAGUUCCAUGAACGAUCAUUCUAUACUAGAAUUGGUAUGUUUGUACGCAAAGUGCCUUCUAGAUUUAGCAGAAAAUGAAAAGGCUAUAGAAGAGAUAGGACAGAGACUUCAUUUACGAGAACUUAUCAUAAAAAAUACCCCUACCAACCCUAUUAUCAUUUUGACGUAUGAGAAUUUGAUGGAGGCACAAUUUGCUUUGAAGAGAAAGAAAGAUUUGGAGAAAACCUAUGAAGCUGGAAUCGAUGAAUUUCAUCGUCUAAUCAAAGUUUAUGAAGAUUUGAAAAAUUUCAACAAACGAGGAGACGUCCUUGAACACCUGCAAAAGUUCAAAGAUAGAUAUUCAGAUAUGAUGACACAGUUGGGAUGCGAGCUUCCUGCAGAGUGUUCCAUAAAUGACGGCUUCUUUAUCACAUCAUUUUGUGGAUUGCGAGUUAUCUGCCUUGUAUUUUUAUUUGUAUGUAUUAACAGCAAAGAGCGGUAAUCAUACUAAGACCUUUUAGUAUGUUGAUGUGUAGCUAAUUUCUGUACCAAAUACAAAGUAGUAGUAUGGUAUUUUCGUCACCCGCACUUAAAUAUGUGACAUUAUUCUAUGCAUAUGAAUGAUUGAAAAAGAGAGUAUAUUUAUCGUUUCUAAAAAGUUAAGAAAA